AUGCCUCGGAAGCAUUUGAGAGAUGGCAACGCAGCCUAUGACACGGGGAGCUCGCUGCACGACUCCUACGAGCUGGCCUCCCUCAACAGGAUCCUGGACCGGCACCUCGCUGUCGCUGGCCCGCCGUCCCCUCGUGAGUCCCGGCGGGAGGGGAUCACUCCCACUGAAGAGGGAAAGAACCAGCAGGUCGUGGCGUUCAGGGCCCGCCCUCGUCCGACGCUGAGGGCUCUCUUCAGGGGAGUGACCUCGUGGGCGGUCAGGCCCAGAACGCAGACGCGUGCUUGCGCUUGUGUCGGGGUUGCUCCGGCUCGCACUAGUGCGGUUGGAUCUGAAAGAUGGUGA